GUCCUCAUUUGGACGGACGGUCCUUCGAAGAUAAUGGUGGUAAUUUUUGUAGUGGGACAGAUAAUAAAGAAAAUGUUGAAGACUACGAUGCAGCCACAUUGCCUCCAUUGUCAAUUGACAACGAAGAAGAUGAAGUUGUAAAUAAAUACCUUGAAGAGAUAAAUCAAUUGCCGUUGAAACAUAUAGCCAUGGAUCUAUUCUAUCGUUUCUCCAAUACAAAAAUCAGAUACGAAUGUGCCUUAACUGGCGCUUUAUUUGUGGUACUCGAAAAGACUCAUGAUCAUGGUGAAUGA